CUCAUCGUCACACUUGCUCACAACAGCGACAAGCGACAAUAUGAUACUGAUUAGUAUACCAUUGGCUUCAUCGAUAUCCAUCUUCAUGGUACUGGUAUGUCAGAUCCACGGGAUCGAGCACCUCCUCUCCCUCGCAUCGUCAAGAGUGCCCGCAAACUCACCGAGCCGAGGCUUGAUAACACUAGAAGACCAAGUACCAGUAUUGCUGCAAAAACUGUCACCAACAGCUCAAGGACAGACGGUCGCAUUGCAACACAGGCCCCCGCCCACAGACUUGCAACCGAUCAAAGACUCGAUAAUCCUACAAGGCUUGUUGCUGCAAAAACUGCCACCAAUAAUGCAAGGCCUGGCGAUCGUCUCGCAGCAAAAGUUCCCGCUCUAAGACCUGCAACCACUGACACAAGAAUCGAUGCUCAUAAUACUAGAGACCAAGAGUUGAACGCGAGACCAGUCAGUAGAAAUUCAUCACGACCUGUUAUCAACAACCCUCUGCAGCAAAAUGAUGUUGCUGUCAGAGGUCCAAAGAAAGUUACUUUCAGUAUCGAAGACUUCCCACUGCCCGUGGAGCGGCGUCCUGUUGCUCGUAAUAGGGUUGGGCAGAACCUUGGACGGUCCACUCCAGGUCAUGGUUCAUCUGGUACCUCAGAGAGAAGAGAAGAGCUUCCGUCUCAAUCAGUUUCCUUCUUUCCCGAGAGAUCCUCCCGAGUUGGUGCUCCAAGGAAAUCGUCAACAGAUGUCCCACGUAGGGAUCUUGGUAGACAAUCAACCAUCAAUGCAUUUGACCAGCACCGUGCCACUAAAUCGCAACAAAUGCGCCUUCACAUACAUACGGAGUCAUUCUCUGGAAAAUACGCGCGAAAGUUUGAGGGCAUAGGCGGAAGGACAAAUUCACGUGUGCCUCGUAUGUCCAGCACAAACAGGGGUGGUAACCAGGGCCAUCUUGUUGACAGCUCAAGUGAACAUAGCAGCGGGAGUGCAAACUAUGUCGAUGUUGGUUUGAAGUUGUCCAAAACGAGCAGGGGCAAAUCUUCAGGCAAAUCUGUUGAGAUUGUCAAAAAGGCCAGUGCCCAAGUGAAAGCAGCUAGAAAAUUUCAAUUUGGACUCAAAUCGACGAGGGUUGCACCCGAGAUACGACGUUCUGUCACUCCUGUGAAUUCCCAAAGCAGCGAAUCGUCUGACAAUGACGAAUCUCCGAUACCCGCUCCUGCGCGCGAAGAUAGCGAGGAACUGGAAUAUGUGGACCUCUCCCCUCAGGACGUUGCUCGCAAGCGGAGAGGAUCAUCCUCAGAAUCUGACGUUGCAGAAAAGGAUGAAGCAGCUGCGGAAAUUCCCUCAGAUGCUCUUAUUGAGGCUUUAGAAAACAUUUCACUGACGACCAUCCGGCUGGUACAAUUACGCCGUCUUCCCUUCAUGCUACGACACCUCCGCAAAGGAUUUCUCAGUCGAUGCAAGUCCCUUGGAAUUGAUCCGUCUCAUAGUAUUCCGCCUUCUAAACCCGUCACGGUUGUAUACAAGUGCGUAGCGCAAAUAGCCGAGGAUAGAUAUCCAAAACGACACCAGACUCGGACGACAAUGACAGAUUGGCGAUGUCCACUUUGCGGACUUCACGGAAUAUUUCCCUCGCAGACAAUUCUCAAUGCUCAUCUUCAAUGGGACCAUUCAGGAGUAGAUUGCUGUUGGGAUAUGGAUAACUAUACUUUGUGGGUUGAACUUCCACUGACAAGACAUGUUGCAUUACCAGCUGCGUUGCCUGCCAGUAGGCAUGUUCCACUAUUGCCCCAUCCACGUGCGAUGACAACAACUUCGACAAGAACUACUUCGACAGAGAUUACUGACUUCUCAUCUAAUUUUCACAAUGACGAAUCCACUCCAGCGACUACACAGCCUCCAUCACGAAAUACCUCUAUAAACUUGACAGUCAAACCAAAGUGGCAUAAUCCAAUACUUCGUACAAGUUCAUUGGCAUUGUCGACUAGUACGCGCAGUAGUUCUGUAUCAUCUCGCACGCUAUCUCGUGCACCCUCCAGUCACGCCUCUGGAAGGCCAACACCCCCUCCCCGAUCUGACCCCCUAGGGCCUGCAGCGCAGUAUCCAUACCUACUUGAGUCUGAUGGCAUCCAUUCAUGUCGCGUGGGCGGUCCCCGACUAUACGAUCUUCUAAGCACACUACCACUGGAUGAGUUUGGUGUCCUCGCAUGGGUUAUCCUCGAUAGAGAAGAAGAGAUCUUCGAGAUGGACAACGUGAGAGAUGAAGACAAGGUCAUGCAGGCGCUUUGGUUCCGCUGGAUAUUUCUCAAUCGGAACAAAUUCGUCGCGGAUUUUUUCAAAGGAACGGAGACGUUCAUCAACGACAAUUGGAAGAUGAUAGACCGAGCUGCUGGGGUCGCUGCUUUAAGGACAUGGCUCCUCGUUCUCAGCAUCAAUAAUUUUCUGAUGACUUCGGAUGUCGUGGUACUCUUGCGUCAUUAUCGAAGGUUGACAGGAAAGAGACACUGGUAUGAUGAUAACCAUGCAACCCAGACUGAAGUCGCGCCUGUAUAAUAUCUGGAUACACGAUACCUUUAAAAAUCUGAUUCCUUCAACCCGAUCGAUCGAUGUGGCCUCAACCGCUGGAGGACGGCAAAGGAAAAGGCGAGAAAGGAACAGUACUGCGCGUCAUGUAAAAGGUUCACCGUAACACAGAAAUGACGCUAGACAGGGGCUGGUGCAGAUGGGCUCUGUAAUAAAUUGGAUUGAUAUUAUACCAGAUUAUACCCCGAAGCAAGGUACAAGCGUGGGGUUAGAAUUAGGACUUUGUGG